UGCCACACUUGGGUUACUUUGAGAAGCCCCGGUAGUGCACAUCAUCACCGCUAGCCCUUUUUUUCCCCCUUUCUCUUUCGAACAGUGCCUCCAACAUUGGGCCUAGCGAGAAAGCCUUGAACAUUAGGAGGUUUUCCCCCAGAAAAAACGGCUUUACAUUUUAAAAUUGCUGCUCUUUUUGUAGGAUUGAAGACGUUGGCGCGUUAUACAAUGUUUAAAUUGUUUUUAUUCGUUGUUCUCGCCGGAGCUGCCCGGGCGAGUGAUGUGAUUGAAUUCACGGAUGACGAUUUUGACAGUAAAAUUGGAGAUCACGGGAUGAUUCUCGUUGAAUUCUUUGCGCCAUGGUAAGUUCUACAGAAACGCAUAGCUAGCUUGCUACUGGCUAGGUUAGCUACAUUCUGAAGCUAAAUCGUUACAAUUUUAUCUCCAGUGAACGGACGCCGUUAGCUACCUAGCUAGUUGGCGAUCGUUACUUUGUCUCUACUGUUCAGUUACUUACGCAAGAGGAAUAACAUUGGCUUGUCCAAAAAAGGUUAAUGCUCCUUAGAAUUUAUAUAAACAUGUAGCUAACUGUAUUAACGUUAGCAAAUUUGUUUCCCCAACUGUCCAUCUAACUAACUAGGUACCUAGUUGAUAAUGGUUAGCUCAUAACAAGUUAGGAAGUGCAUGGCUAUCUAAUUUGCCACAGCCUAGCCUAGUGACCCAUUUUUGCUACCAUUUGUUACAUGCACUUUGCUACGCGUUAUUAAAUGCGUUAACUAACUAGUUAGGUGUCUCAGAUGGACAUGGCUGGUUAGUUGGCUAACUAACUAGAUGGCUAAUAUAGCUAACUAGUUGAGCCUGGCAAGCCAGAACGUUUCAUGUUUUAAUAGUAAAUGGCCUUCUAAUUCGUAGUUUGUUUGAUCAUUCGUUUGCUAAGUUAUCUUGUCUACCUCUCAGACUUAGCCUGAAGGAUAAAUUACUAGCUAUUACAAUUGGAAAUUACCUUACAAUUAGGUUACCAAUAAGGACGCUGGGGGCUUGGCCUGCCACUGUUGUACUCCACCCUUUGGGUUGUCGCUAGUUAGCCAAUUUCAACUUUGUGCCGGGGUGUGUUAUCUUAAAAAUGAAUACAAACAAAAAAGGUAGGGUUAGGCAUAAGGUUAGCAGUGGGGUUAAGUUUUUAAAAUCAGAUUUUAAUUAGAUAAAUUGUAGAAAUAGGCGGGGUUUAGCAAUAAUCAUGACUGUGGCUGUAAUAACUAGUGACGGCCCACCCUUAGCGGAGUUGCCAACAUUCGGAUGCAUCCGGGUUUUCAAGGAUCCAACUAAUUCAACCUAGCUUCCUUUUGCGCUAAAAAACGAAUGUGGCUUCCGCUCAGGCGUUUAUUUUACGCCUGCAACGUGGUCAUUGCUAGAAGGGAUCCAGCGUUUGUCAAAAUGUUGUUUUUUUGGGGGGUGGAUUUUAGUUAACCCUAGUCCUGACCCUUUUCCUAACCUUAAACUAAUUAUCUUAACCUGCCACGAAAUGUCAAAUCUAACGUUAAUUUCACAAAAGCUGGAUCUCUUCUAGCCUUGACCCUGCUAGGUUCUACACCUCAGUGACUACAUUAGGUUAGUUGUAACCUUAUGAUUGGCCAGUGAAGCUUGGGUGGCUACUUCUGAUUGGUCCCCAAAACUGUUACAUAGUUCAACAAUGCUGUCAAACCUGAGCAGGGCUUCCUCAGAUAAUCAGAACAAUCUAUCCUUUUCAAGAUGGUUGAUCAGAUUUGAUAACUGCAUUCACAGAUUUGUAUUUUCCAAGCAAUAUGUGGAUUUCCUUUUUCCUCAAACCAUUGCGGCUGCAUUUUAUUUUAACGUCCAUUUACACUUCAAUUUGAUCUGUCGUGGUGGUAUCAAAUUCCACCUGCUUUUAACUCCCACCCCUCAUCUAGAUUUCAAGCUAAGGCCUGAAUGGUUCACUGCCUGGGAUGGCAACAUAAGAGCCAAGCUUUUUAUUGUUUUACAGAUAUCAGCUUACCUCACUUGUUUGUUCCUUAGGUGUGGUCAUUGUAAAAAACUAGCUCCGGAGUAUGAGGUGGCAGCCACACGUCUGAAAGGCAUCGUCGGAUUGGCCAAGGUACUUCUGUCACAUAAUGCACCUUACAUUGGACAAUUGCAUUUGACCUUUGGACUGAAAAGGUUGUGUGUGUAAUCCCCCAUACUCAUGUAAAGACAACCAUGUCCAUAAUGUUUCUAAACUGUCGCCCAGUUUGUGCUCUUGGUCACACUCACUAAGUAAUGGCCGCCUAUCAUUUUGCUUUAGGUCGACUGCACGGUCCACAACAAUGUAUGCCAGAAGUACGGAGUCAGCGGUUACCCAACACUGAAGAUCUUCAGAGACGGAGAGGACGCCGGUGCCUAUGAUGGACCCAGAAAUGCAGGUAUUUAGCCUUAACAUUCUGUGUCUUGUCCUGAUGGGCUGAGAUGCAUAAUCACUGCCUGUCAUUCACCUAUUACAUGUUUUGACCCUGUAUUUCAAUGGUUUCUCUAUCAGAUGGAAUUGUCAGCCAUCUUAAAAAGCAGGCCGGUCCAGCUUCCGUGGAGCUCAAGACCGAGGCAGAUUUCACAAAGUAUGUCGGAGACCGUGACGCAAGUGUUGUGGGUAGGUUUUGCCUUUUUUAAAGUUGAGCUCUGCAUGAAUAAACAAAACCAAAUGACUGAGUAAAAUGUUUCUACUUUUGCCUUUUGUCGUCAAUGAUAUUUGACUGUAUGCCGUGUUUCCUGUGUCUGUCCUGUCCAGGUUUCUUUGCUGACGGUGGAAGCCCAGCCGAAGCGGAGUUCCUGAAGUCGGCCAGUGCCCUCCGAGAGUCCUUCCGUUUUGCGCACACCAACGCCGAGGAGCUUCUCCAGAAACAUGGCAUAGAGGGAGAGUGAGUGCUCUCUCAUCAUUGUCUUCUUUGUCCCUUUUAAAGGGACGGUUCACUCAAUACAAAUGAACGUGAUUUCUCCACCGUAGUUGUAAGGUAAGUGGACAAUCAUGUUAAUAUGUAUUUAAAGUGAACUGUCCCUUUUUUUAAUAUUGCUCAUUGUGUUUGCGUUGCCUUGCUUGAUGUGUGUUUCUGACACUAGUAUCAGCUUGUGUUCUGUUUUUAUUGCAGGGGAAUCAUUCUGUUCCGUCCGUCACGCCUCAACAACAAAUUUGAAGAGAGCAUUGUCAAGUUCAGCGAGGACACGUUCACCAACGCCAAGAUCAAGCAGUUCAUCCAGGACAACAUGUGAGUUUUACCACAAUAUUUUCUCCCUUUUGUGUUGCCGCCAGUGAUGAACCAUUUAGGGGGUUUUGAAUGGAUUCUUAUUGUAAGAAUAUUUAAUGAAUUCUUGGGAGAUGCAUGGACCAGUUAAGACCAGUUUCUGUCAAGAGCAGCUUUUUUUUGUUCAAUUCCAUGGUCUAGAAUGAGGUGAUGGCGAAUUUUAUUUAUUUUGCAUGCUGACAUUUAUGAAAGGAGUUGUAGCUCUUACACUGCGUUUUUCUCUUUCCCCAUCAGCUUCGGAAUGUGCCCCCACAUGACUGAUGACAACAAGGACCAAAUGAAGGGCAAGGACCUGCUGGUGGCCUACUAUGAUGUGGACUACGAGAAGAACCCCAAGGGAUCCAACUACUGGAGGAACAGGUAGGGUCCCUAAUAAAUGACACUUAUUCCCAGGAGGGGACCUCCUUUUGUCUCGUGUGCUACUAUGUGUGUUAGUGUAAUCUCUCCAGCUCUCAGUCCCCAAGACUUAACUUGUAUCUCAUUUUGUGUACUCUGAAUGCUGGUUUCCUGGACACGGAUGGAAAAGCAUGUUCAGUGGAGAUUUGCAACAGAUUUGCAUUUCAUUGGACUAUUUGGGAUGCGCGAUAAAUGUUCCAAGGCAUUGUUGUUGUAUGCAUGAACCCAACUCCCUCUCUCUCACCGUCUAUAGGGUAAUGAAGGUAGCCAAGGGCUUCCUGGACCAGGGGAACAAGCUGAACUUUGCCGUGGCCAGCAAGAACAGCUUUAGCCAAGACAUCGCUGAGAUGGGCCUGGACGCCAGCACCGGGGAGCUGCCCGUGGUCGGCAUACGCACCGCCAAGGGAGACAAAUACGUCAUGGCCGAGGAGUUCUCGUAAGAGUCACUUAUCACCACGCAACUCCAAGUGGUACUUCGGGACAUGGUAUCACUUAGGAUAGGGGGAUGGACAUUGGGUUGAGAAUUUACUGGUUGAGUUCAUUGAUCAUACCUGUUAUUUAACUAGGGAUUUCACUUACUGUUGUGAGUAGACUAUGUGAGUGAGCACAAUCUGCCAUAGAACUCCAGUAACAUUUUCAAGCGUCCCUUGAAUGUUAAAAAUCUCUUGGAGCUUUGGCACCAUGUUUGUGACAUUUUAAACUCUGCAACAAAGGAGAUCAGCCAGGACCACAGUUUAGAAGCAGACGAGGCUUGAUACACAUGUAAUGUCUUACUACCAGCAAGUUAAAUGUACACUUUCCGCUGAAUAUAACAGUGCUAACGGGUCAUGGUGACCUCUGUAGAAACCUCUGGAAACAUCCUGUAUCUGGGUGUUAUUUCUAUACUGAUUCAGUACAAUGUCUUGGUUUUCCACAGACGUGACGGCAAGGCCCUGGAGCGUUUCCUGCAGGACUACUUUGACGGCAAGCUGAAGCGUUACCUCAAGUCUGAGCCCAUCCCUGAGUCCAACGACGGCCCAGUCAAGGUGAGUCAGCACUUGAGACUGACAUUGCGAGCGGUUGGGUGCUCCCAAAUCCGACAAAAUAAUGUGUAAAAGAAGCAGCAACUCAAUGGUUUCCAAUUGGAGCAGUGUGUUGGGGGAGGGCCUAUGUUUGUGUUGCGCUGUCCGACAGAUGUCCCUGUUUUACGCCAAAAAGAGGCAUGGGUUCUUUCAAGGUUUGUCUGUGUAAACCAUUCUCACCAAGGCCCUCUUUCGUUGUCCUCCAGACUGUGGUGGCUGAGAACUUUGAUGCCAUUGUGAACGAGGAGGACAAGGACGUGCUGAUUGAGUUCUACGCCCCCUGGUGUGGCCACUGCAAGAGCCUGGAGCCCAAGUGGAAAGAGCUGGGAGAGAAGGUAACAGCUACUGAUUUGAAAUUCUCUGACUAUGGCCAUUCUGCAUUGGCAUGUGAGACUAACCCUUUCCCUCUCUACCUCGCAGCUGUCCAGUGAUCCCAACAUUGUCAUCGCAAAGAUGGACGCCACAGCCAAUGACGUGCCAUCCCAAUACGAAGUCAGGGGGUGAGUGAUAAAUCUCCAACAGUCAUAACUAUUUAGCAAGUGUUUGACAUGUAGGUCCUGUCUGAUGUCCUGUCUGAUGUCCUGUCUGUCUCAUCAUGCUUUUCUUUCCCCUGUUUUAGAUUCCCUACCAUCUUCUUCGCUCCAGCUGGACAGAAAAUGAGCCCAAAGAAAUAUGAGGUUUGUCCCGAGUAUACAUAUAUAUAACCACAGAACAAGGAGACAGAUAUUUAACCGGAUGUAUAAAUGUGAAGCAUCCGCUUGGCAUUUCCACUCACUACCAAAUAUGGUGAUGCGAGGAAGCCCAUUGGUCGCCAGUGUGAGCAGAUGGAGCGAGAUGGAUUUUGGCCGACAUUCUGCUAAUUUUCUCAUUGGUGAAACAUUUGAUCUCUACCGUUUUCUGUUCCGAAAACUAGAAUCUGUUACGAACAGAGUGGACUACGUUUUGUAGACUUUACCCUUUGCCAAAGUAAUAAAAAUAAAAAACAUUGUUUAGAAGGAGUGCAAAGGCAAAUUGAGUUAUUGCACACGCGCACUUCACAGAAUAGGCAUUCCAUGAUGGAAUUAUGCAAAUGUAGCUAGAACGCGCCAAUAGGAUCUCACCAGCUCGUGCUUGGCUCUGCCCACCUCCUUGCUUGUUCUGCCCACUAUGACUCAUUUGUUCCCAUUUGAAACAACGGGCUGUGGUCUAUCUUGGUUUAGUUCUAAAACGUCUUUAUAACUGCAUGCCUUGUCAUGUAAAAUUCCAAGGACACGCUUAACUCACAUUUAGGCCUUAUUGUGUCACAUUGAUGCAGCAGCUAACCUGGCUUGUUGAUGUUUUUUCUUUCAGGGAGGUCGCGAGGUCAGUGACUUAAUCUCCUACCUGAAGAAGGAGGCCACCAACCCCCUGGUGGCUCAGGAAGAGGAGAAGUCCAAGAAGAAGAAGAAGAACGAACUAUAGAAGCUCAACUGGAGUCAACAUUCCGAGGAGGGAAACACUGACAACUAAAUUAUAUUCCAAUCUUUAGUGAACUACAGAAUGCUCUGAGCCCAGUUGAGAUGAGGGCCCUCUUGGGUCCUGCCGCUCUGCGAACACUGUGGAAAGUGGAGGUGGUGUCAAGGGCCUGCCUAAUUUUUUAAUGUAUGGGAUGAGGGACAGCUUUGAAAUUGAGAUUAUUUCCCCUGGUCUGUCUGUACCUCUGAUGCACUUUGGUACAAUACCAAUUUCCAGUCAUCUAUUGGUUUAUUUCUGGAAGAGGGGAGUUAUGGUGAAUUCCUUUUAUCUUUUGUUUUUGUACAUUU